AUAUAUUUAUUUUUCUAUCAAUUUUGAAUGUAUUUUCUUUUAGAAUUGUCAUAUAUUUUUUAUUGUCACUUUCCCUUUUUGCCUACAACCGUUUGUACACGUAUCUAUCUUCAUUAUAAGUAUUUUCCAUUUUCUAUCCAUUGUUUGAUUUACAUUACACAUACAGUCCACUCAUUCUAUCACCUACAUUUUGGUCCUUCGAGGCAAACAAAAAAGAAUACCAUCCCAAUAUUUUCAUUUAUUGUUUUAUUCGUAGUACAUAGUUUCAUACAUAUAUUGUAGUGCCAUCAGUACCAUCAUUCAUUUAUGAUCACUCGCAGUAGAAGUAAAAUCAUGGCAUCACAUGACGUUCCUACUACAUCUCACGCCGAACCAUUAUGUCAUAGUCGCGGUUCAUCAAUUGUAGACGUAGUUGAUAGGAUUUGUGUAGACGACGGCGACGCCGCGUGUAGUUUGCGUUCAGCACAAUCCAAAUCUCGGGUUUCAUCUUCGUCCGUAAAGGCGCGUAAGGCUGCUGUUGAAGCCGCUUACAAGCGACGGCAGUACGAGCGCGAGGCUAUGCUUGCACAACGUCUUUCGGAAGUUGAAGAUGCCGAAUUCCGUGCCGAGAUCGAACAAAUCAAUGCGGAUGCGGACUGUGAAGGUAGCAGGCGAAGUAGGAGCACAUCUACUCGUAUGAGAACACAGCAAUGGAGAACGUUGCACGUUUACAAAACGUGCUCCGUGGCCCCGCACGAGAAGCCGUCUCUUCACUUCUCGUCUCUGCAGAGGAUCCCGAAGAGAUCAUGUGCGCACUCGAGCGUAGUUUUGCGUCACCCGAGAUGAUCGUCUUCGGCGAGGUACAAACGUGGAAGUCGCUACCGCGGUUGGGUAACGAACUUAAAGAAUUAAGUAGUAUUGCUAACAAGGUACGAAAUAGUAUUU